AUGUCGGAAAACAGCAUGGACUCGGUGGAGAGCGAACUGGGCACCGGGUUACAGUCGGCCAGCCAGCCCUUGUUCGUCGCCCCUCAGAACCCGGUCGCCGAUUCGAAGGCGUGUUUGGAGCGCGUUCGCCAACUAAAACGAAAGGCAAACGAACUGAUCGGCGACCUCAAUCAGAUCACGAAAAUCCAGGAAACCGAGUUGUUGCAGAAAAAAAAACGACGAAGUGCUGUAUAUUUGGACGGGUACAAGCGCCGCCUGGACACGUUUCAGAGCCUCAACUGGAAAUUUGUGCCAGAAUUGCCAGCUCGUGAAUUGGCUGAAAAAGGAUGGCAGAUGAAAGGUCCUGAAUCGGUGGAGUGCCCCAGCUGCUCUCGCUUUGUUUCCGUUGUUUUACCGAAUAUAGUCGAGGUCCCGAUUACGGUGUACAAUGCAUGUAUUAGUCAUGUCCGCGAGAAAUUGACAACCGCCCAUGAGAAUACAUGUCUUUUCCGCUCGCCUCCAGUGGAUUACUUCCCGGAGUUGAGGAAUUCCCCAAAAAACCUGAAGAAAUUUUAUCAAAUGUCUCUUGAUGCACUGCGACGGGUCGAUUUUGGCGAGGCUGCGGGUCAUUUUGACGAGUUGGAUCCAUUCAUACGGGCAAUCUUCGGGGAAUUGCGGCCAAACGAGUUGCUACCGGCCGCGUAUGCACUUUUGCACUGGCGCCCGAAAAGCGGGACUUUGACUAGAUUGGAAUGCGAGCUAUGCGCCAGGGACCUUACACCAAAAAUCCUGCCCGACUUUUCGCACCCGUCAUCCCAGCAUUACGCUUGUUGCCCUCUACUCGAUAAGGGUGAAGAUGGUGAUACGCCUGUCUGGAAGGAAAUGGCGCAGCUCUGUGUGAAACCAGCUGAGGGAAAGGUCAUCGCCGAUCUCUACCGCGUCGAGACGAAGAUGUCGAAAUCCCUCUCCAAUUCUUCGCUGAACAACAUC